GUGUGCUGACUAAGUGUAAGGUCACCACGAUGUAAGCCGCACUAGAACUCAAAGCUGUACUAUCUGUCCCACGACCAGCAGCCUACAUCGAGAGUUAUCCUCUUCUUCCUUGCAAUAAUCUUCUAGUCGCAUAGUGAAUGGCGGAGAGCAAGGGUCCCACAACUAACGGUUCAGUGAACAAGUUCGCCAUGUCUCGAGCGCUCGGGGCUGCAUUUCUAAGCCACCAAGUCGAACAACUGGAGAAAUCAGUUACACGUGGGCCAGCAUCUGGAAACUGGAGAGACCGUCGUCAUCCGCAAGCCGACUCGGGUAAUUCCAAUCGUCGCGGUGUUAUCAACCACACACCCAAGCAGCGCCCAUCUUCAGGCAAUAGGUCCACGAAGAAGUCUGCUGCUGAAGCUGUAGCUGAAAGAGAGCAUAUCGAGGUCAAGGUUCAAAAGCCCAGGAAAUCGAGCGAGGAAGCGAGGGGCGACAAGGACGCUGAUAUAGUAGUGGUUGAUGCGAGUGUAUUGGUACAUGCCCUCCACCAGGUGAAGAAAUGGUGCAGAGAUGGACGUGAUGAAAUCGUUGUUGUACCCCUUGAAGCCUUGAAUACUCUUGAUUUACUCAAGAAGGGAACAAGUCCUCUCGCCCAGCGCGCGCGUUCAGCUUCACGAAUCUUAGAGGCUCAAGUUGGUACAAAUCCUCGUAUCCGUGUUCAGCGAGAUGAUGCCUUCGUUCCGUGGGACCGCAUCGAGUUCAAGGACUUGACACCAGAUGAUUCUAAGGACAAGAUUACAUCGCAGCCACUCCACCUCUCUGGUUCUCCAGAGUGGGUUCGGCGCAUGAUUUGCUGCGCACGUUGGGAAGUUGAUCACGUCGCUGAAACUCGUGCUUCAACGAGCGACAAACUAAAAGUCGUUCUUGCUAUCCUUUCCCCUUCUGCUGCUCCAGCUCAGGUUGGUCGAACUGAGGCAAUGCCCGAACUCUCCUCUCCGGUACCCCUUCCAGCUCCGAGUCCACACACUCACAAGUAUGAGCCUCGUUCAGCUGGCCUAUUGAUCGGACAUUGGGCUACUCGGGCUGGUAUCACUCUCUUAGAAGUGGAACCUUCCGCAUCGCCAUUUGUCCCGCCUUCAUCAAACCACCCUCGUAAUCCUGAUGAUGACGAUAGAGGAAAACGACAGGCUGGUCGAGGUAGACGUAAUUCCCAUACUGCUCCAGGGGGUCUUCCUAUCGCUCGAGGCACCGGGCUAGUGGAGCGCCCUGCUGCCGUUAUGCAAAUGAUGGAGGUGGUCUCUCAGCCUAGCAAGGUCGUCCGUGUUCUUGCUAGAGGCGAGAAACUGGAACCAGACCCAUAAUCCUGAUUAUGUGACAUUUUUGAAUACAAGGUGUGUUCACUUUAGCUUAUGGAAGUUGACUACUGAUCAACACAGUAGAGGUAUAUGCCUGUUCUUCGGUUCCAAGGCCGUUCCAGCUCCGUCUCGAUUAACGACGUCAUGGAAAGUAUUGGAAGCCUCACAGAUCACCCAUACUCGCUCUGCCUCAUUCCUCGGAGCAUGGAUUCUGCAGGAAAUAUCUCCAGGCAUCUUUGUGUGGUCUCUUUGCUUCGAGUGUGCAGUCCUUAUGAUGGUCUAACCACAGCAGUUACGGAACCAGCGUUCAUGAUAACUUUUAACU